AUGAUGCUUAAUGUAGGCAGCAGCACUGUUGAUGCUGCUGUCGUUUCCUUUAAAAACAGCAGCAGCAGCAGCAGCAGCAGCAGCAGCAGCAGCAGCAGCAGCAGCAGCAGCAGCAGCAAGGGGGGGGAGGUUGUGCCGCAAGUAACUGUCUUAGGCUGCAGCAGCAGCACAAAGGGAGGAGGCAGAACCGUUGAUUUGCUGCUGGCGGAGGAGCUCAGACGGGCGUUUGAGGAGCAGCACGGAGAGAAGGGUUUAUCUCCCCGGGCGAUGAAAAAACUAGAAAACAGAGCAGCAGCAGCAAAGAAGAUAUUAAGCUAUCCAGGAGUUUAG